UAGGAUCGGGAUCGGGAUCGGAAUCGGCAUCGGCGACACUGACGGACCACCGACGACCACCAACUGCAGACUUGGGAUCGCGAUAGAGAUAGAGGAGAGUUCGUGUGCGUGGGGAGUGGAUGGAGCUGGCCGGGAUUCACAUUCAGAUCCAGAUCCAUUUUUUGCAACUGCUGCUGCUGCUGCUGCUCCUGAUCAAUUCCAGCAGUGUCCAGGCACUUUCCGAGCAUCACUGGGAUAACCUGGAAGGCCACCAUCACAGGAUGCCCGAGAGGUGCACGUAUCUGCUGCAGGAGGAGCAGGUCCUCGAGCGAAAGUGCGGCGGCACCUAUCCCCUGAUGGCCUUCACCAAGUACCGCGACACGUUCGUCAAGACGGGCGAACCGUUCGCACUGUACAUGCCCAAAACACUGGAUCACGUGAUGGUUGUGAUGAAGGAUUCCGCGUUGCAGAACUGCGCCCGCUUCCAGAUGGGCGAUAUGCGGACCUUCUUCUGCCUGGACGACAACGCAAACGAAACGAUCAGGCUGGAGGACGCCCACAUGUUCUGCUUCCCGUUUCACAUCCAGCUGCCGGACGACCUCAUGCAGGAGUGCCUCUCCGAGAACAAUAUGAAACAGCGCUUCCUGGACGAUGUCCUCCGCACCCGGCGCGGCGUCAUCCACUACACCUUCGGGGACAGUCGGGGCCACCGCCACAUCCCCGGCUGUCGGCCGCCCCUCGCGCUCCUCCUCCUCCUGCCGCCGCUGAUUCUCCUGCCAAUAAGUCGUAAACUUUUAUGCGAGCUGCCAUAAAGAUUGAUCGGUUAAGCCAGAGGGGAUCUAUAUAUAUAUAUAGUAUCGAUAUAUAUAUAUGUAACGAGAGCAUUAAGAAAAUUGCUAAAAACCAAAGGGAGGGUUGGGUAAACAUCCAUAUCGGUGGAUCGGUGGUCGGGUUUGGUCUGGACUUAUCGCUGGCCUUGCUCCUGGCCAUCUCCUCCGAACCGCGGGGCCCUUGUUGGGUAUUUUUUAUUUUAUGGCAAACAAAUUAAACAGUAUUAACGCA